AUGAAGGCUGCACUCGCGCUGGGGAGAGCAAUUGCAUUGAGCGCCGUCUCGGGAACAGUGAAAGCGAAAACUGUGGGCAACGGGAGCAAAAAUGCCGCCACGCAGCUCCUACGGGAGUCUAUGAGCUGGAUGGACAUGUACUACGACACCGAAGCAGGGUAUCUCUACAACCUCGAUUCAAAGGCGCUCCUCCACGACACUCGCUCAUCUGCCUGGUACGCUGCAGGCUUGCUCGCUAGAAACGAAGGGGAUGACGCAGAACAAGCCGCAAAAAUUGUGGAGAACAUCAUCGUGGGACAGCACAAGAACGUGAGCUCCCAGUGGUACGGAGACUACCAAAUCUACCCGGAAGAACCCACAGUAGGAACGUCCGAAUACCCGCCCGUCAUAUAUAAUUCUUGGGAUCCUAAUUGGCGAGGCUUCGUCGGAACGACAUUUGUCCUCAUGCUUGAAGAAUUCUCGCAUCUGAUCCCGCAUGACACACAAACUCGCAUACUGGAGAGCCUGCACAAUGCGACCGUGGGCGACACCUACCGUGUCGGCGGCGUAGAUGAUGACAACCUCUACCCAUCGUACAGCAACCCGGCCAUUAUGCGCGCUUUUAUGUCCGGCUGGGUAGGCCGCAGGCUCAAUGACUCCAACAUGACUAUAUCCGGCGAAGCCUACGCCAAAGAUAUCAUUACCCUAUUCGACCGUGCGGAUACCCUGUCGGAAUUCAACUCUGGGACAUAUGCAGGUGUCAGUUUGUACGCGCUCACAUUGUGGGCGAAGUACCUUCCGCAGUCUUCCCUAAUGGGUCAACAUGGCGCGACCAUGAUAGGAAAAACAUGGGAAAAGCUGGGACAGCUGUAUAAUGCCAAUCUCAAGAACGUCGCGGGACCGUGGGACCGAUCAUAUGGAUACGACAUGAACCGUUAUCUCAGCAUUCUUGCAUUGCAGAUCUGGACACUGGUGGGGAAGGACAAUGCGCCGAUCAACGCAAAGCCUUGGACUAUGGGUCAUAAGGACGACUUCGCUAUCAGCCCACUGGUUGCUAUUCUCGCACCAUUUCACAAUACGCUGGUUUCGAAUGACACGCUCCUCGCGUUGCAUACCUUCCCAGGUACCCACACUGUGUCAACUUCAGCGUUUUCUCCGCCAUGGGAUACCUACCCCCGGAAUAUCACAGCAUGGCUCUCGCAGAACCUGACUAUCGGCGCAGAAACUUUCUCGGAGAAGGUGAUUGGUGGACCGGCGAAGAACCCGUCGAGCUUCAAUCCGGCAGUCGUGCAAUGGAGCAGGAAAGAUGGCAGCGUCGGUUGGCUCACCUUGUAUGCUCAGGUCGAAGAGCUGCGCGCUGUAGCGAGCGACAGCACUCUAGAUCUCGAGUAUCCAAAGGGCAACCAAACCAGCACCUUCACGUUUCUGGUCGGGACAAACUCACGCAGCGGGAAGAGGGACGUUGCAAGCUGGAGCGAUGUCGAGGGCAUCAAGGUCAGUGUCAAUGGUACAGUGGAUAUGGACUACAGUGUCGCGUUCGCGGGAUAUGUCGGGGGGUCAGGGAAAACGAUCAAUGACUUCGAAUUCUGGAACUUUACCUAUGGCAUGCCCGAAGGUAGUGGAAAGCUACCACAGAUUUCGCUCAGUUUUGAGCUAGAGUAA